CGUCACCUCACUCCGGCGCUGGGUAUCGUUCAGAGCGCACGUGUGCUACUUAAAAAUGUGGUUGCUGGUAUUUAUUUGCGUGCUGGCGAUAUCACGUGCCCAAGACCCGAGGGUUAAUACCACGCAGGGAAUUAUAAUUGGCAGAAGAGCGCUGGAUGGAGACUAUCUCUCAUUUUACGGAAUACAUUACGCCGGCGACACCUCCGGUGCAAAUAGAUUUAAGGCGCCUUCACCAGCUCCAAAAUAUCCUGGAGAUUAUCACGCCAUCGACACUGACGUAAUAUGCGCUCAACCUUCGUAUAGAGGCAUCAUCGGAGUUGAAAACUGUCUGAUGUUGAACGUUCUCACAAAAAACUUGACAACCCCCAAACCCGUUAUGGUAUGGAUUGAGGGUGAAGACUAUGAAAGCACCUCUGGGACACUGUACUCGUUCAGACAUCUCGUGGAAAGUGGAUUAGUGGUUGUUUCAAUGAAUUAUCGACUCUCUAUUUUUGGUUUCUUAUGUCUUGGAGUUGAAGAAGCACCAGGAAAUGCGGGAUUAAAAGACGUCAUCCAGGGUUUACAGUGGAUUAGAGAGAAUAUUGCAGGGUUUGGGGGUGAUCCCAAUAAUGUCAUGCUGGUUGGCCAUGGUUCUGCAGCUGCUAUGGUCGAUCUUAUCACUCUAUCGCCACUAUCAAACGAUUUAGUCCACAAAGCUUUAGUGCUCAGUGGCUCAGCUUUAGCUCCUUGGGCAGUUUCAUUUAAACCUCUAGAGAGUGCUAGAUAUGUUGGGGCAAAACUAGAAUACACACAUAAAUCUAGAUCAGAACUUGCAAAAUUACUCGCUGGAACUGACCUUAAUGUCCUAAACGGCGUUCUUACUGAUAACGAUUUUUAUAACGCCUCAGUACUUUUUGCACCCUGUGUUGAAGAUGUCAAUUUAAAUCCAAACGAAACUGUUUUGUCCGAUGCUCCAAUUAAUAUAUUACGAUCAGGAAAAUAUUCUAAAAUACCAUAUGUAGCAGGUUAUACUGAUAGAGAAGGUACAGUGAGAGCGCAACAAGCCGUUCUUAAUAAUUGGCUGUCAAAAAUGGAAAUGAAUUUUAAGGAUUUCAUUCAGACCGAUCUGUCGUUUAAGAACGAUUCCAACAAAACUGCUGUAGCACAAGAAAUACGAGAGUUCUACUUUGCAAAGAAAACCAUAAACAUGGACGUCAUUGAGGAUUAUUUGGAUUAUCACGGAGACGUUUUAAUCCUUAUACCAAUAAUGAGAGGAGCGAGGGAGAGAGCUUUGACAUCUCCAGAUAAUGUCAGAUUGUUUGAAUAUGCUUACAGAGGCUCACAUAACUCUGAUUGGACAUAUCCAACCAUACCAAUAAACGGAGCAAAACAUGGCGCUAUACUUAAUUAUUUAUUCGACUUCGACCUAAGAAUUGGCGACAAGACGGCGCAAGAAUCUAUUACCAAACGCAUUGUUGGAUUAGCUUUCACUGGGAAACCCUUCCCCAUGGACUACAACGCGACUACAUGGGACGCGAUUACACCCUACUUUAUGCAUAUGUUGUACAUGAGUGGCUCAGAAGUAGCUGACAAGCUGACUUUGUAUAAAGAGGAGAUGCAAGGCAACUUAAACCAGGAGCGAACAGAAUUCUGGUCCAAGAUAUUUGACAGACAUUACGAGGCACCUAAACCUGUGUCAUCAGCGCAGACCUUGAUCGGCUUUCAUGUUAUUGUAUUGGUAGCGCAGCUUAUGACAAAGUUGUUAUAAUUUAAUGUUUUUUUCUAAUUUUGUUCUUUAAGAUAAUGUAGUUAUAAUUAAGACUGUGAACCAGAUUGCGUAAUUAUUACAGUAUUUCAAAGCGCUUAUAUCAUUCUCUUUAUAAUAUUAUUUUUUUUAUUAAGAUAAAACAAAUGCAUUCGUCCGUAUUUUAAGUAUUAUUGUAAGUUUUAUAAAAAAUACCUUAGAUAGAUUGUUUUUCAUACAUUUAAUAAACAAUUUCAUCAGCUGCGAAUCAUUCCCGACGAUGGUCUGUAAUGCAUUCGUUUCUGAUUUAAAUCCAAAUAUAAA